GUCGUGCGGUAGUUAGUGUAUUGUGUGCACCGGCACGUUACAGCGUUAUACUGUACCUUAUACACACACACUGACCAAUAUAAACCCCAAAAACCCUAACACUUAUUUCAGUUAGAGCUUCAACCGAAAAUACCGAGGUUGUCUCCAGCUGCUGCUAGGGUUUCAACGCAACACCCUCUCUCUCUCUCUGUCUCUGCUUCCGAACAACAACAACUAUGGCACCCGACAAGAGCAAGAAGUUGAAAGUUUCCGACAACAACGACGAAAUCGAUGGAGAACUUGUCCUCUCCAUUGAAAAGUUGCAGGAAAUUCAAGAUGAGCUCGAAAAGAUCAACGAGGAGGCGAGCGAUAAAGUUCUUGAAAUCGAGCAAAAGUACAAUGAGAUAAGGAAACCUGUGUAUGAUAAGCGCACUGAUCUUAUCAAGUCUAUCCCUGAUUUUUGGCUAACUGCGUUUCUGAGCCAUCCUGCUCUUGGUGAACUUUUGAGCGAAGAAGAUCAAAAGAUAUUUAAGCAUUUAAGCUCUCUUGAGGUUGAAGACCAUAAGGAUGUCAAAUCAGGCUAUUCAAUCACCUUUAACUUCAAUCCCAAUCCUUAUUUUGAGGAAACAAAGCUUGUGAAGACUUUUACCUUCAAUGAAGAAGGAACAACAAAGAUUACUGCUACUCCCAUAAACUGGAAAGAGGGCAAGGAAGUUCCCAAUGGAGGUAGUCAAGAGAAGAAAGGGAACAAGCGGCCUGCUUCUGAUAUCAGUUUCUUUAGCUGGUUUAGUGACACUGAGCAGAAAGAUGAUUUGGAGGACAUUCAUGAUGAGACUGCAGAAAUGAUCAAGGAUGAUUUAUGGCCAAAUCCGCUUAAUUAUUUCAACAAUGAUGAUCCUGACGACGAGGAAGAUGAGGAUGAGGAUGAAGCUGGUGAUGUGGGAAAGGAUGAUGAUGAGGAUGAUGAUGAGGACUCGGAUGAUGACGAUGAUGAUGACGAAUAGUGUAAAAUGCAUGAUCUUGACAUUACCUGGUUUUAUUUAUUUCAAGGUUAUAGGAGUAUGUUAGGGAUCUUUAGGGGCGAAUGAAAGACCAAGGCCAGUUGAUGGUUUUCCUCUGGCUGUAACAUAUUUAUUGCCCUUCGAAGUUUCUGGUUUUAUUUAUAGUGCACUUUUUUUAAGUUACAAAUGAUCCAUCGGUUUUUUUAGGGUACUCUUUUGAACCAUAUAUAUAUUAAAAUGCAGUAUAUUUAGUGUAUAGCUGCGCCAUUUUACCA